UCACGAAUCAAACGCACACGACACGGAUCAAUAUUGUUUUCCAUUAGAAAAUGAUAGAAGUCAUGCCAUUAACCAGUAUCGUCUCCUCACAAGCAAAAGAUGGCGAAAGCGGCAAAGACACGCGUCGAAUGCCCGACACGACUAGUUCCGCAUCAAAGGAAUUUUCCUCAGCCGUCCUGAGCAGAUUAUUUCAGAGCAACGACAGUACCACUGAACUUUUAAGAGAUCAACUUUUUAAAAGUGGCGACUCUGCAGAAUUCUUGUCGACUUCGUUGAAAAGUGAAGAUCCUUUCAAGAGCGGAACGUACGUGAGCAAGCUCUUGAAUAGUGGCGAAAGCAAGAAACUGCCCCCGCCAUUUGGCUCGUUCGUGAGAACGGCUUCGGAUAUACUCAAAUCGACCGCGAGCACCGUCACGUCUCGAAUGCCCGAUAUUUUUGCCAGCUCUGACUGGACAAACAAAUUAGCCCCCAAGCAUGUGGAUGUGGACGUCAGCUCCGUUUUCCAGAGUGAACAAUCGCAACGCAGUAUUGGUGACCCAGACAAAGAACGGGAAAAAAGAAAGAUAUCUGAUAUUGCUGCCACAGCGCUUCCGACACCGGUACCAAGUUUUGGUAGCCGUAAGACCGACUGGGACGCAUUGUACCAAGCGCAACUUCCAGGAUCUAAAGGUGUAGCCACUACGCUCAAAAAGCAACCGGUAGCGUCUGUUCUAGAAAAGACGCCGGCUCCGCUGGCAGCCGUUUCAGGUCCAAUUGUCACGGAGAUACAACCAACGGUACCCGUGUCAGCGUCGGCCAAUAACAAGGCCAAAGAAAUGUCGAACAAGCGGAAGCGGAACGAGACAGUAGAGCGUGUGUAUACUUUACCAACAGAUUUGGAUGUAUUGAUGGGACGAGGUGGGCGAACCAACAACCAUGGUGGCAAUAAAAGGUACCUAGCCAAAAAGGAAGAGAUUCAACAACGCUACAUGGAGGCGUCCAAGCAGGACAAAACGGGAAUAAGUCAAGAGCUUGUUGACGCAGUUCAUGAAUGGGGUGGCCGUUUCUUAAAAAUGGACGAAUCUUUGGACAGGUGGUACGAAGUCGAGAACAUUGUCGCUCGCAAGAAGGCCAGUCAGACACUUCGAGAGAUCAAUACACCAGAUGAGCGCGCAUCAAAGCGUGCAAAAUACGCAAGUAACUCCCCAACUCGUUGAACUUGGCGAAUGAAGUAGUCACGUUGUUUGUGCUCUCAUUAUUUGCGAAACCAACACACAUCAUGUUAUCCGGUGCACGCUACAUAUCAUAGUACACCUCUUUAAAACAUUCUAACAAUUUUUUUGAAAACC